AGGGGGUUGCGUCUGUUCAAAUGCUCAGGAGAUCCUGGAGGGAGGCGGCUACAGCUGGUGUACAUCCUGUUGGGGUGGGGGGUGGGGUCUUAAUCCUGCAGAACUAGAUCCUGUAGACAACACUGAGAACAAAAAUUAAUCCAGUCCUUCACACAACCUAAUGUCUGUAUCAUUUCGAGAAUCUUUUACAGGCUGCUUCUUCAAAUCACCACUGAGGUAGGUAGUGCUCAGAAGUACAAGCAACAGAUCUACUUAUUGUAGUUCUAUGUCCACCCCCUCCCCCCGCCAGCCCCCUCACUUCAAAGCUCCCCUGCCCAAAAUCCCUCCAAACGUAAAGCCCAUCUUCACACACUCGCCCUCACACGUCUACUGUGCACUACUGAGAGACAUCCUAGAAAGGUAAGAACAAGCAACAUCAUCUCUGUCCAUUUAGAUUGAUUUCUACUUGCGAAAUGUAUGUUCAAGUUAUCUCAAGAACAGUAAAAACACUUGAUUUUAGUCCAAAAUAAGAACUGUCCACGAAUAUAGUGUUGCUCUGUCAGCAGUACAGUAAUUCUCUCAAGCCGUUGCAUUGCUCUCUAUCGCCUCUCAAGAUGCAGUCCUGCCGACUUUAUUUGGGGACAAUCGUGAUCUUGUCGAGCGUUGUCCCGCCUGUCACGGCGUUCUCCCGUGGUGCGGGUCCUGCUUCGUGCCAGACGAUGAGUCCGGGCCACAUCCGGGCCCAACCUCAGGACCUGCAGCAGAACCACAUCACUAUUCGUACAUCGGUGAACUCAUAUCUGCCUGGACAGCUGGUUACAGUGACAGUCCGAAGCUCUCGGGACUUCAUGGGUUUCCUGCUGCAGGCCCGCAGUGGUGACGAUUCCCAAGUCAUGGCUGCAAUCGCAGGUGGGGCAGGGUCCCCUGCGGAGGGUCCGGUUCUGGUGCGCGGCUCCUGGACCCUUGCUCCGCCCGGGACGCACACACUGCGCUGCCUCUCGGAAGGCGACACGCUCACCCACUCGGAUAAACAGCUGAAGCGAAACCUGUCGUUUGUGUGGAGGGCUCCUGAUGCACCCGUGGGAGACAUUCGCUUCUAGUGAGUCCACAAUCCACACCCACAGUUUGCACAUUUCGUAGACAAUGCCCAACGUUCACUGUGGACUCUUUGUCCUUCUAGUGUCACAGUUGUUCAGUCGUACUUUGUUUACUGGGCGGGGAUUAAGUCUGCAGUGGUGCGUGAUGGGAGUCAAAGUCUUUGGACUGGGAGAAACACGACAGGAGCAGAGACAGAAGGAUCAGUUUUUGGUCCCCGUGAUAGGAAUUUUACUCCGGUGCCAGGUACAAACAUAAAGAUCAAUGAAUUAUCGUUCUUCACAUGUAUUGUCAUGACUAACACUCCUUUUGGCCUCACCUUUUGGCCUGAAGCUCCACUGAACAAACCAAGCCAACCCACCGGUCCUACUCCGUUUGGAAAACCAAACUUUACUCCCAAAACGGUCUGGAGCAGAACUGCAAGUCCAGUGGCACUCGCAGGGAACCAACAGGGCCAGGGGCUUGGUAAGAACAACUACUCAAUACUUCAACAUUCAAGAGGCCUACCAAGUGACAGCUACCCGGACAUAGGAUCUCUGGCUGAAGAGUCAAGCAGUGAUCCUUCCUCAUCGCACCUCCCUUUCAUCACCCCGCUCCCACCAGAUGAAGGUAUAGAAACGUUGUCCACUUUUGCACCGAAUGUCCUUCUUCACUCCCUCGCCUCCCUCAGAAAUUGGAAGGAUACAGAAUCAAGGAUGUCAACACCAAAUCCACGACAGCCUCCAGAAAAUCACCGUGUCUUUUACACGAGGUCCUCAGUGCCAACAUUCUAUAAACCAACAGGACCACGAAAUGUUACAGCAAGUUUGUUUGCGUAUGUCAUCCAAACCAGAUUGUCCACAUCCCAAAGGAGUGACGCGACACAUGAAGGAAGGGGCUCAUCUUUGUCUCCGCUUCAUUCAAGGUCAAACGCUGACAUCGACGGGUCUUCCACCCAGACAAUUUCCCACUCCAGACCCUUUUUACCGACUUCUCUGAAGCCUGCAGUACAAAAGUUGCUUCUCCAGCCCCAUACCAAGUCCGAGGAUAAUCCAUCCGACUCCAGAGAUGGACCAUCACGUCCUCCCGCGAACUCUCAUCAAACGCUGCUGCACACAUUUGUGUCUCAAUCUCAGACAACAGUGAGCUACACCUCAAAAAAUCUUCUCCCGUCUGACAGAGCAAUCGAGGCGCCAAGAACUAGACCUCAACCGAGGUCCAAAGCCAAUCUCCAAACUGUGUCACCCUACACAUCUACAAUGUUGAAGAGUGUAAGCAUAUUUGAUUCCUUCGGUUCUUCUUCUCGGGAUGGUAUAACUCAAGCUUCACCAAGCCGCAAUACUCUUGACGUCUCGAAACGCACAACCAAGAAUCUAUCAUUCACACAUUCCUCCAGCCAAGACAAAUCGUCUCCUGUUUUUUCCGCUCUCCCAAAACCUUCUCCCGUGUCUAUGCCUCCCAAAUCGAUCUCCAUCAUUCUGUCCUCCACUUUGCAAACGGGGUCCUCCUCAACAUCUUCAAAAUUUCUCUCAAGUAACUCCAUCAACUCUCCAUCAUCAUCACGAGCCACAUUCUCUCCUCGUGGUCCAUUCAGUUCUUCUUCCAUCCCGGGAACCACAAGAUCCUCCUCAUCUUCUCCUACCACCGGCACUCCAGCCAUCUCAUCAUCCUCAUUUUCAACCAAACUAUCCAUUCCUUCAAGUUCUUCCCUCCCGUCCCCCAUUUCCACCUCAAUGGGAUCCUUGUCUUUGAAUUGGUCCGCCUUUCCUUCCUCCCAAGCGACAUCCCUGCAUCCAGGACCUUCUCCGGCUCCACGUCGCUCCCUCAACAGCCGCCCCUCGAUACCUCCCCUACCUUUGCCAUCCCAAAAACAAACCCGCAUUGCAUCAUCUAAUCCCAGACAAGAGUUUAAUCCAUCAACCUCCAACCGCAAAAUCGAAUCCAAUAUUGGAAAAGAACUGAAACCAAAUCCACCCAAACUGGAUACCAAGCUUCUCUUUAACCCCUCGAAAAUGCCAGGCGUAGAGGGCAAGUAUCCAGAAAUUGUGCCCAGGCAUAGCUCUUGGGAGCUGGGGAUGCUGCUGGGCUGUUCGGCCGGCCUGGGAAUGGCGCUGGUGGUCGGCGUGCGCUACGUGUACAGACAGGCCUGCGGGAAACGCACCGAGAUCACACUGCACGACAGGGAAAGAGAUUACGGGAGAGGCGAGCGAGGGAUGAUCCAUGUUCAGGAGUGUGGCGAUUUGGUCCGAGUCCGUCGAAUCCGAGAGAACAGCCUGGUGCUUCUUGCCGAGUACGACAUAUUAGCAUCGCCUGGAGACUGAGAUCCAAUCCAGUGUGGGAAACAAAACAGUUUGGAUACUCAUUUAAUUCCUUUUUUUUUUUUGAAAAUAGAUGAACUUUUCAGAUUAUUUCCGUAAACCCACGAUUAAAAAGACAAAGUGGCAAAAGUAGAGUGGCACUAAAAGUAGAAACUCUUUGGUUGUAGACGGAGAAAUGCUUUGUGAAUGUUCAUAGCGUCGGACACA